CAAAUGGCGGACGACGCCGGUGCUGCGGGGGGUGCAGGAGCGGCCCGAGGGGGCUUCCGCGGCGGCUUCGGGACCGGGCUGCGGGGCCGCGGGCGUGGCCGCGGUAGGGGCCGCGGGAGAGGUCGCGGGGCCCGUGGAGGCAAGGCGGAAGAUAAGGAAUGGAUUCCUGUCACCAAACUUGGUCGCCUGGUCAAGGAUAUGAAGAUCAAGUCUCUUGAAGAGAUCUAUCUCUUCUCCCUUCCCAUCAAGGAGUCAGAGAUCAUCGAUUUCUUCCUGGGUUCGUCCCUGAAAGAUGAGGUUUUGAAGAUUAUGCCUGUCCAGAAGCAGACUCGUGCUGGUCAGCGCACCAGGUUUAAGGCCUUCGUUGCCAUCGGGGACUACAAUGGCCACGUUGGCCUGGGUGUGAAGUGCUCGAAGGAAGUUGCCACUGCCAUUCGUGGGGCAAUCAUUCUGGCCAAGCUGUCCAUCGUGCCAGUGCGACGAGGCUACUGGGGCAACAAGAUUGGCAAGCCCCACACCGUGCCCUGCAAGGUCACUGGCCGCUGUGGCUCUGUUCUGGUGCGCCUGAUCCCAGCCCCCCGUGGCACAGGGAUUGUGUCAGCCCCUGUCCCCAAGAAGCUGCUGAUGAUGGCUGGUAUUGAUGACUGCUACACUUCGGCCAGGGGCUGCACUGCCACCCUUGGCAACUUUGCUAAAGCCACUUUUGAUGCCAUCUCCAAGACCUACAGUUACCUGACACCAGACCUCUGGAAAGAGACUGUGUUCACCAAGUCUCCUUACCAGGAGUUCACUGAUCAUCUGGCCAAGACCCACACCAGAGUCUCUGUGCAGAGAACCCAGGCAGCUGCUGUGGCCACAUAAGUGGGUUUUGUACAAGAGAAUAAAAGGAUCAGUGAACAAGAAACUGGUGUGGUGGGAUUCAGUCUGCUGGGGAUUUGGGCAGGUUCAGGUCUGUGGGCCACAGUCUGAGCAUCUGGAAUGAAAUAGAGUCAAAGAAAACACUGGGUUGGAAGGGACCUCUAAAGAUCAUUUAGUCCAACCCCUGUGUGUCUCAUGGAGACCCUUCAUCAUGUCCUGAUGGGGUGUAGAAGCAGCUCUGAAGAUGAUGUGCUGUCACCUUCACCCUAACUGAGGGGUUCCCUGCUGGGGCUGGGCAGAGCAGUGUCUUUGUGUUGGUUUAUUGA